UUCUAGAGAGAGAAAAGAAAAAGAGAAAAGGAGGCAUUUCUCUCUUCUUCCACCUGGCGAUUUCGGAGACGGAGCUGCAAGCAAUUUGAAGUUACAGGCGCCCAUUCCUCUGCUCGCCACGCCAUUGCACCUCCUCUCUUCCUCUUACCUUUGAAAUUUCAACCAAUUGCAUCAAUCGAAUCAAAUCAAUCUCAGUUUGAAAUCACUUUCUCUUGAUUGUUUCGGCUUUUUGCUCGUUGUCGAUUUCUGUUGUGCGUAAAGAUAAAGUACGUACCCAGGUGUUGUGCAAUUCGAUUCGAUUCGAUUCCUUCGAUCGGUUUCGGCUAUAUUUUUGGUAGAGGUGCAUGCAUGGUUGAUGCUUUUGAAGAUAUUUCGGAGCAAGUUAAACCACUUGCUUUGGCUUUGGAUGUACACUUGGUUUGGUUGGUGAUGGGUGUUGUUUGGAUGCCAAGAAAUUUUUUGCUUUGAGAGGAGGCAACCGUUUGAUACUUUAUACGGUUUUUUUAAAUAAUUGAAGAGGUUAUUUUAUUUAUUUAUGUAUUUUUCGUAGACUGAGAAUCUUGGUUGAUCUCGAGGUUUUGAUUUGGAUUUUGCCUAUUUGGAGCGGGUGUAUUCGGUUUGUCUGUAUUGAGAGAAUCGGCAGUAGUAGAUAUGGUUAGUGGUAAUUUGUUUCACUGUAGAAAGAAUUCAUGGCCGCCUGAGGAGUACAUUAGCAGGACAGCCUUGCAGUUGUUUGAUUUUGAUAGUGCAGCCCCACCAGAACAAGCCUGGAGGAGGAGGUUAAACAGCCAUGCAAAUAUUCUCAAAGAAUUUAGUGUCACGUUUACAGAAGCAAUAAAAAUGGUUCGACUAGGUAUACGGCUAUGGUCAUAUGUGAGAGAAGAAGCCUCUCAUGGAAGGAAAGCUCCAAUUGAUCCUUUCACUCGUGAAAGUUGCAAGCCAUCUGCAUCUCAAGGUGUUCCACUUGGAGGCAUGGGAAGUGGCAGCAUAUCUAGAGGUUUUAGAGGUGAAUUCAGGCAAUUUCAAAUUGUUCCUGGUAUAUGUGAAGGUUCUCCUGUCAUGGCCAAUCAAUUUUCUAUUUUCAUAUCAAGAGACGGACAUAAAAAUUACUCAUCCGUUUUGGCUCCAGGUCAACAUGAAGGAAUAGGGAAAGUGGGUGAUCAGGGUAUAUCUUCGUGGGACUGGAAUCUUAAUGGCCAGCAUUCCACAUAUCAUGCUCUAUUCCCAAGGGCAUGGACGAUAUAUGAUGGUGAACCGGAUCCAGAACUGAAAAUUUCUUGUCGGCAAAUAUCUCCAUUCAUACCACAUAAUUAUAAAGAUAGCAGUCUUCCUACUUCUGUUUUUGUUUAUACGUUGGUGAACACAGGAAAGGAAAGGGCAAAAGUCAGCCUUCUUUUUACAUGGGCGAACUCAAUUGGGGGGUUCUCACAUAUGUCUGGAGAUCAUGUGAACGAACCAUUUAUCGGCAAAGAUGGAGUCUCUGGAGUUCUUCUACAUCACAAGACUGCAAAAGGGAACCCUCCUGUAACUUUUGCAAUAGCUGCAUGCGAAACUCAAAAUGUAAAUGUGACAGUUUUGCCAUGUUUUGGAUUGUCUGAAGGAAGUCAUACUACUGCAAAAGAAAUGUGGACUAAGAUGGUUAAGGAAGGACAAUUUCCUCAGGAGAAUUUUAAUUCCGGGCCAUGCAUGCCUUCAGCACCUGGAGAGACACUCUGUGCAGCAGUUUCAGCUUCUGCAUGGGUGGAGCCUCAUGGGAAAUGUACUGUUGCAUUUUCUUUAGCAUGGUCAUCUCCGAAAAUUAAGUUUUCAAAAGGAAGUUCAUAUCAUAGGAGGUACACAAAGUUCUAUGGUACCUCUGAACUAGCAGCUAAAGAGUUGGCACAUGAUUCUCUAACAAAUUAUAAACGGUGGGAAGAAGAUAUUGAGAAAUGGCAAAGUCCCAUUCUUAAUGAUGACAGGCUUCCAGAAUGGUACAAGUUUACAUUAUUUAAUGAGCUCUACUUCUUGGUUGCUGGUGGAACAGUUUGGAUUGAUUCUUCCUUGUCAGCUAACGUAAGAAAUAAUCAGCAACAGUUAACAAACGUUGAAGCAACAGACUGCAGAGCAGUUAAUAAGCAUGCAUCAACUACUAGUUGUUAUAGUACUGCUGCUAAUUUUGGUUUGGAAAGCGAUAGUAAAGAAUAUUCAUGCCACGAUUAUGACGAAGAUGUUGGUAGGUUUUUGUAUUUGGAAGGUGUGGAAUAUAUCAUGUGGUGCACAUAUGAUGUGCACUUCUACGCAUCAUUUGCCCUUCUUGAGUUGUUCCCCAAAAUUGAACUCAGUAUACAAAAGGAUUUUGCAAAAGCUAUCUUAUCUGAGGAUGGAAGAAAAGUAAAGUUUCUGGCGGAGGGAAAUUGGGGGAUUCGUAAAGUUAGAGGUGCUGUACCUCAUGAUUUGGGAACACAUGAUCCUUGGAGCGAAAUGAAUGCAUAUAACAUUCAUGAUACAAGUAAAUGGAAAGAUCUGAACCCGAAGUUUGUGCUUCAGGUGUAUAGAGACUUUGCUGCAACAGGGGAUAUGGCUUUUGGAGUUGAUGUAUGGCCUUCUGUUCGUGCUGCAAUGGAAUACAUGGAACAGUUCGAUCGAGAUAAUGAUGGUCUAAUUGAAAAUGAUGGUUUUCCAGAUCAAACCUAUGAUGCCUGGACCGUACAUGGUGUGAGUGCUUAUUGUGGCUGCUUGUGGCUAGCGGCACUCCAAGCUGCAGCUGCCAUGGCCCUUCAACUAGGUGACAAAGAUUUUGCUGAAUGGUGCAAAACCAAGUAUUUGAAGGCUAAACCAGUAUUUGAAUCGAUGUUAUGGAAUGGUUCUUAUUUUAAUUAUGACAGUGGGUCAAGUAAUAACAGUAAGUCUAUACAGGCAGAUCAACUGGCCGGGCAGUGGUACACUGCAUCCUCGGGUUUGCCUUCACUAUUUGAUGAUUUUAAAAUCAAAAGCGCACUUCAAAAGAUUUAUGAUUUCAAUGUGAUGAAAGUCAAAGGAGGCAGAAUGGGUGCUGUGAAUGGUAUGCAUCCCAAUGGGAAGGUCGAUGAGACCUGUAUGCAGUCGCGUGAAAUAUGGACCGGUGUCACCUAUGGUGUGGCAGCUACAAUGAUUCUCGCGGGAAUGGAAGAACAAGCAUUCACUACUGCUGAAGGCAUUUUUACAGCAGGUUGGUCGGAAGAUGGUUAUGGGUACUGGUUUCAGACCCCAGAGGGAUGGACUACCGAUGGUCACUUCCGAUCACUUAUAUAUAUGAGGCCUUUGUCUAUAUGGGGAAUGCAGUGGGCCUUAUCUAUGCCUAAGGCGAUUCUUGAGGCCCCUAAGAUCAAUGUAAUGGACAGAAUCCACUUAUCUCCUACUAAUGGCUUAAGAACAUCCCACACUCAUGGCGAAAAUGGAGUUCGAAAGAUCACGACAAAACCGAAAUGCUUUGGGAAUUCAGUUUUCAAUUGUUCCUGCUAAAUUUGUAACAUGUAAGUUCAUCAUGUUGUAAAGAAUUUUUUUAAUGCUUAUAUAGUCAUUUUUCACUUUCCUUUGACCCCUCUCUCUCAGUAAGAACUGAGGGAGAGGCUUACAGAGGAAAUCGUGUAGAAAUAGAAGCAAUAAAAAAAACUGGGUGAUAAUGGAGCAACUAAUUUCACUUGCAUGUUAUAUAGAUUAGUCUCUCUUUAACAUAUUACAAAAUUUUGUGUAACGAUUCUUAUAAAUAUUCAUUAAUUAAUUUCUUAGCAUUGUAUCUGA